GGGUACAAACGUAAAAGAAUGUCUCGAGAUGUGGCGUCAGGAACAGGAAUCCAAGAGAGAGCUCGAGAGGGAGAGAUGAGCGCAAGAGAGAGAAGAGCGCCAGGCACAGAGAGAAAGCGCAAAGCUAGAGGUAGAAAGAGAUUUGAAAUUACGAGAGGUAGCUGUAAGAGAAAAAGAGCUAGAACAGGCUAAAAUUGGGGGGUCUCAACCUCAUGAGAUUAAAUGCCCACCUGUUAAGUUACCUAAGUUUGAGGAGGGACAGGACCCUGAUGUCUUUUUACGGUCGUUUGAAAAGAUAGCUGGGUUGCAGAAAUGGCAUAAAUCCCAGUGGGAUAUACGCUUAGUUCCUAUGUUAGCAGGUAAGGCUUUAGAAGCGUAUUCAAGGUUGUCGGAUGCAGAUAGUGAUAACUAUGAGAUUAUCAAAACAGCUAUUCUCAAGAGAUAUGAGCUUACUUCUGAAGAUUACAGGGAAAAAUUUCGUCAGGGUAAGCAGUCAAAUGAUGAGUCAUUUAAAGAUUUUGUUGUUAGGGUAGAAAGGUACCUCAAUCACUGGUGUGAACGUGAGAAAAUAGAUUCAGAUUUUGGCAAGUUAUAUGAUAUGGUCUUGAGAGAACAGGUUGUUAGAAGUUGUCCAAAAGACUUACAGUUGUGGAUUCUGGAGCAUGACCCGAAGUCUAUUGAGGAGGUUGUUGCGUUGUCUAAUGCAUUUCAGGCGGCACAUAAGAGUAAGUAUCUUAGUAGCAAUAGUGUCCAAUUUCAUAGUACAGGGAAUAGGUCGACGGGAAAGCCAAACAAGUUUAGUUCGACAAAUUCUCAAGAUGGUAAGUCAAAUCUCAAGUCUCACUUUAAUGCAGGGGAUAGCAGAAAGUGUUUCAUUUGUGAUAGAGUAGGACAUAUUGCAGCCAACUGUUUUCUUAAGAGAACUCAGUCAAAGGGUCAAGACAGUAAAGGUCAGAGAGGUACAAAGCCUGAGAAAAGGUCAGAAAAUGUUGGUUUGUGUUUAGAUAAGUCUGAGUCUAAAGUUGUAGACAAUAUACAAGAUACAACCAAAGGUAGGGUGAUUCUUAAGUUGUCCGGAGUUGAUAACGAGUCGCCAGUAAUUGAAACAUCAGCAGCAUUGGGUUUGGAUUUAGUAAAGGGCCAGACUCUGAUAAAACAGGAUGUUCAAGAGUGA